CCUGCCUCAGGCUCUGCUGCCACAGCCCCCUUGGCCAGCACAGCUCAGAUCACCAGCUCGCACCAUGGAAGCUUCUCACGCUCCACAGCAAUUCAAUGUCACUUCAUACGGGCCCAUGGCUUUGGCUAUCACCACCUUGGAGGCAUUUCCUGGCAUGUGGGUAAAUGCUUUCAUCGUUUGUGUGCUUUGCAUUGCCUGGGUCAAAAAGAAAACCCUGAACUCUAAUGAGAAGAUCUUGCUGCUGCUGGGAUUCUCCAGGUUUUGGUGUUUGUGUUUCUCAUGGAUAUAUGUCUUUGUCUUGGAGAUUUUUCCCUAUUACCUUCUGGUCCCUCCCAUAUUUCAACUACUUCAAGGUUCUUACGGCUUUUUUAAUUGUUCCAGCUUGUUGGUUUCUGCCUGUCUUUGUGGUUUCUAUUGUAUAAAAAUUGCCAAUUUCAGGAACAGGUUCUUCAGCUACCUGAAAGUUAAAAUUGACAGGAUGGUGCCAUGGCUUCUGUUGGGGUCAGUGAUGUUCUCCAUGAUUACUGGAAUUUUUGUCUACAACACUAUUGAUAAAGCUGUCUGUAGAAACCUCAAUUUCACCAGACAAGAAAGACUUUGGAAAACAGCUAUUGGAAGAGAGGAACUUCUGUUCCCUCUUUAUUUUCUCAUUGGUUUUUUAUUCACCACUUCCUUCAUGGUAGUCAUUAUUUCUGCUGUUUUCCUUCUCUUUUCCCUCUGGAGACACAAGUGCAAGAUGCAGACAAACUCCAUGAACAGCCUCAGCAUGGAUGCCCACAUCAGAGCCAUGAAAUCUGUCCUCUCCUUCUUCAUAAUGUACAGCAUCAACUUUAUGUUUUUGAUCUUGACUCUAGUUUAUUCAAUGGCGUACCAAAGUCAUGUGCUAGUUCUUGCUCAAUUAAUUCAAUAUGCUUUUCCAGGUGUUCAUUCCCUUAUUCUCAUUCUCAGCAAUCCCAAGUUGGAAAAGACGCUUCUUAGGAUUCUCUCUUGUGUGAAGUGCAAGCUUUGCAUGAGGUAG